CCACACGAGAGAGAGAGUCAGGCUGAUUAGGUGUCUGACCUGGAACCUUACAAAGAAUAACUUUUGCUGUAAACUUCAGCCGCUGAUAAAAAACAAAAAGCAGUCCAGUCAGACAUUAAUCACUAAUAGUUAUAAAGAAAGAGGCCGUACUGUGAUAUAAAUAUAACAAAAUAGGACUGGACAUUUUUGCAUGAAGUUUAAAAAAGAAAGCACAAGUUAAUUACCAAUAAGACAAUUUCAUGUCCUGACAGGCAUUUAUCUCUCACUAUGACUGAGAUCCUAUUUUAGGAAGGCGGGUUAUGAUCGCGUUGUGUUGUUUAUAGACCAGAGUUCGACUGUGGCAGUGAGGGAGCGAGGGUCUCUGGUUUCGUGAAGGCCUCUUGUGUGGACUAAACAUGGAAAUUGAGCUAUAAGUCCGAAAGAACUGCUUUCUUAGGAGAUUUACUGGAUAAAACCCUGUGAUUUCAUUUGAAGGAAAAAUGGAGAAAAAGCUCCUGUCCACACCCACCAUCAUCAGCUCCUCAGGGUCAAGCUCUGUCCUGAAGGGCCCCUCUUCUCCACCUGUCUCCAGUGACCCCUGUGCUGCGCAGACUCAGCAGGACAAAUCAACAGCUUCAGCAAACCCCGGACAACCAGUGGAGUCCUCGUCACCUCCACGCUCCACGUCUCCUGCCUCCUCCACACCAGCAGCUUCAGGCUCUGACCUUCAGCCCGGUUCUGUCCUCCCUCCAGCUGCAGCUGCUCCCACAAAGCGCACCUUUGCUUCUGUAGCCAAGCGGGUGAUCGUGCAGGAGAGGCUCAGGAAAGCAGAGGAGGAGGAUGCCCACGAUGAAGAGGAUGACGAAGAACCAGAGGAGGAGCUGAGUGUGGAGCAGCUGGAGGAGAAGGCCGGAUCUGGGGAUGCCAGAGCUCAGACACGGCUGGGCCAGCACUUCUUGAUUCUCGCUGAAAAGAAGGACGCAGAAGUUAACAACCGCCUCGCCGUUAACUGGCUGAUUAAAGCGGCCAAACAGGGACGAAAGACCGCAGCGAAACUCCUUCAGCGCUGCUGGAUCCAGAAGAAAGGAAUCACUUCGGAGAAUGAGGCCGACGUGCGCAUGUUGUCGACAGAGAGCAGGUUUGAGCUGGCCGUGCGGAAAGCAGCCAUGAUGAUGUACUGGAAGCUGAACCCGGACAGGAAGAAGAAGGUGGCUGUGUCUGAGAUGCUGCAAAAUGUCGACCAGGUCAACACAGCGCCGGGGAGCAUGGCAAGCAAGAUUCCGGUUCCAACCUCAGGCCAAACCCAGAAAGUGUUGGAGUGCAUGGUCAACAAAGACUCCAAUCAGCUGGUGGACUUGGAUGACUUUGUUGAGAUAACAAAGAAUUAUGCACAAGGCAUCGUCUCACCUGUUUCUCCAAAGGACAGCCAGUUCUCACCCAAACCUGAGAGUCCUGCUCUGUCUGAGCGUGUCAAUAAGCACGGGACGGAGGGAGUUUCAAAAGGAACCAAGAAGGUGUUGAAGCAUUCGUGGAGUUUUGGUUGCAGUGGGAUGAUGCUGGACACCAAGCAGACCGGUGCCAUGAAGUCCCGCUUGAUGAUGCUGCAGUACCCGCUGCAUGCGGUCAUCGCGAUGAAGGAACGCCUGGUGGAUUGGGCGUCGAGGGCUGGCGUCAUGUGGCUGAGCACCAUCAUCCCCACGCAGCACGUCAACGCUCUCAUCUUCUUCUUCAUCAUCAGUAACCUGACCAUUGACCUGUUUGCUUUUGUCAUCCCCCUGCUCGUCUUCUACCUCUCCUUCAUCUCCAUGAUCAUCUGCACGCUGAGAAUUUUCCAUAGCAGCAAGACCUGGGAGAACUUCCGGGCACUGACGUCUCUACUGACACAUUUCGAACCGGGCCUUGACGUGGAGCAAGCAGAGACCAACUUUGGCUGGAACAACCUGGAGCAAUAUGUCUAUUUUAUGAUUUCUGUCUUUUUCGUCAUCUUCUCCUUCCCGGUGGCUGACAAGAAGUGGAUUCCGUGCUCUGAGCUUUCCACGGUGGCCAUCUUCUUUACUGCUGUCAGCUACCACAGCCUCAGCCCAGCUGCUGCAGCGUACGCACGCAGAGCCUUGUUCAUAGAGGUAGCAUCUGGUCUGUUGUACCUGACCCAGUUACUGCCAGAGGACAUGACAAUGCUUCGUUUCCUAGGACGCACCUUCACCACGCUGCCGCUUGGAGAAUCUGUGGUCCUGAAGCUCAGUCUCCCCUGUCUCCUCUAUGUUUACCUCUUCUACCUGUUCUUCAGCAUGGCAAGAACCCGUGGUUUCAGCGGAACUUACUGCUUCCUGAUUCCGUACCUCGUCUGUUUCAUGUGGUGUGAAUUCUCAGCGGUCCUCCUCCAAAACUCCUCCGCCGUGGGACUAUUACGCACCUGCGUGGCGUACUUUCUCUUCCUGUUCGCCCUGCCCGUUCUGGCCUUUGGCCUCGCGGCCAUGCUCUUCAUCCAGCUCUUUAAGUGGUUCCUCGACCUGGAGCUGACCAAGAUGAUCGUCACCUUGGCCAUCUGCGCCAUCCCUGUCACUCUGCGGCUCUGGACGCGCUACAGCAUGUCCAUCCUGGACGUGUUCCGCUCUUUUAUGCACUGGGGUCCGGUCAAAUUCAUCCUGCUCUGCAUCUCCAUGGUGAUCCUGCUGUUCUCGGUUUACGUGUACCACGCCGAGGGGCAGAAGGUGUACAACUCCACCCUGACCUGGGAUCAGUACAGCCAGGCUUGCGGGCCGCCUGCAUGGGAAGCCAAAGGCAUGGCCCAGACGCAGAUCUUCUGCAGCCACCUGCACGGGCACAGGGUCACAUGGGUGGGUCAGUUCAAAAGCGUCCGUAUAGCCGAGACAGAGAACGGACCGCAGUCCGUCAUCAACAUUUUGCCGGUGUUCAUGGGCGAUUGGCUGCGCUGCUUGUAUGGUGAAACGUAUCCGAAAUGCGAGCCAAAGAACAUCACGUUUGCAAACCUAACAGCUGCAGAAGCAAACGGUUCGUCCGUUUCUAUGCCUAUGCUGCUUCGAAUGCAAGAGGAGGAAGAGCUGUGUCAGGUUAAGGCUCUGGCCAAACACUCCUGCCACGUCAAGCGUUUCGACAGCUACAGAUUUGAGGUGACGGUGGGGGUCGUGCGCGAUGGAAGUGCACAAACAGACGACGCAGCCAGGGAUCUGAUCCUGGUGGCCAGCCACGAAUUUAGACAAGUUCUGCUAAAUCUGAGACCUGGAAACGUUGUGGAGUUUAGCACUAAGCUGGAGGGUCGUUUGGGAUCAAAAGCUCCCGCCUUUGAACUCAAAGCGAUCCACUGUCUGGACUGUGCGUCAUCCACGCUGAGCGGAGGUCGGCAGGUGAAAAUAGAGAGAAACUGGAGGCGCACCACAAUGAGAGCCCUGGAGUUUGCUUUUGAUUUUUUCUUUUCACCGUUUCUAUCUGCAAACAUCGCCGCCUGAGAACAUCAAGAAAAAUGUCCAGAGAUUUGAACUGAUUAUGAGUGAAUUUCUUCAGAAUAAAUGACCUUUUUCUGGUGUGAAUAUUUUAUUACAAAUUUUAUUCAAAGUUUGGUUUACAAAUAGUCCUAAUACGUGUGGACAUAAUGUACUUGUGUUUGGACAUUUUUUCUUGGUUAUUUAUGAGCUUACAAAUUUACAAAAGUUUUCUAUUUUGGUCAGAUGGUCAGACUUGUUAAUGUUAAUGCUGACUUCCGCUGGAAAUGUUACCAAUAAUUAUUUACAUUAAAGAAACUUAUCUUGUG